CAUCAAAUGAUGACAAAAACUUCCUUCGUCCCUAACAAAUCCUUCACGUCUCCAAACUCAAAAACCCUUUUGUCUGAUUCUCUCAUCAUUUCAAUUCUUCUCAGCAACCAUUUUCAUUAUUCCUUCUGUAAAUCUAGAAGCAAAAGACUGAAUCUUGUGAUGCAGACAAGUUCCGGGAAAGUUCCAAGCGGUGCCAGGUGUUGAAUGGGGAGAAGCAAGAUUACAUGUUUCAGAGAAGGGGAACUAGCGAGGAAUUCGUUUUAGGGUUCAAAAUUUUUUAGAAGUAAAGCUGAGGUAGAAAUGCCGGUUUUUGAAGAGAAGAAAACAACAAGCCCUGACUCUCCAUUGAAGAAAAAGAGGUCAUCUAGGUGGUCAGACCUCUGGGUAACCAAAUCCAAGCCUCUUAAGCAUGUUGUUUUUUCUAUGCACCUCCAACCUCUUUCAACUCCUUCCAAUGAUCUCCACUGCAAAAACCUAAACUCCGACUUCUCCAAAAUCGACCGUACUCUUCUCUUGUCUGAUGAGCUUCUCCUAAAAAUACUAUUGAAGUUGCCAGAUUCCCAGCGGAACCCGAACUCACUUGUUUGCAAGCGGUGGUUGAAUCUUCAGGGCCGGCUUGUUCGCUCUCUCAAGGUGUUAGACUGGAAUUUUCUCGAAUCUGGACGGUUGAUUUUGAGAUUCCCGAAUCUCACCCACGUUGAUUUGGUCAAUGGAUGUGUGGCUUUGUCGAGAAAUUCAGGUAUUUUGGUUAAUCAUAGAGUAGUUUCUGUGCAUGUUGGUUCUAGGUUCUUACCAAAUUGGCGUGUCUGCGAGGGUAUUCUGCUCUCUGUUGAAAUGGUUGAUAGGGGGCUAAAAGUACUUGCCAAUGGCUGCCAUAAUCUGCGCAAACUUGUGGUGAUUAAUGCCAGUGAAUUGGGGUUGUUGGAUGUGGCGGAAGAGUGUUCAAAACUACAAGAACUUGAGUUGCACAAGUGUAACGAUAAAGUCUUGCGUGGGAUUGCGGCGUAUGAGAACCUGCAAAUCUUGAGACUCAUUGGAAAUCUAGAGGGAUUCUAUACUUCUUUGAUUUCUGAUAUUGGGCUUACUAUUUUGGCCCAGGGUUGUAAAAGGUUGGUGAAGCUUGAGUUUUGGGGUUGUGAGGGAAGCUUUGAUGGGAUAAAAGCAAUUGGACAGUGUUGUCAAAUGCUUGAGGAACUGACUUUUUGUGAUCACAGGAUGGAGGCUGGGUGGUUGGCUGCCAUUUCGUUUUGUGAGAAUUUGAAGACUUUGAAGUUUCUUUCCUGUAAAAAGAUUGAUCCUACUCCAGGACCAGAUGAGUAUUUGGGUUCUUGUCCUUCUCUUGAACGCUUGCAUUUGCACAAGUGUCAGCUUCGGGAAAAGAGAAGCUUAAGGGCAUUGUUCAGGGUUUGUGAAGCUGUGCGGGAGGUUGUUUUUCAAGAUUGUUGGGGAUUGGAUGAUAACAUAUUCAGUCUGGCAAGCGUUUGCAGGAGGGUAAGACAAUUAUCUUUAGAAGGAUGCUCGUUGCUGACAACACAAGGCUUAGAGUCUGUGAUUCUGUCCUGGCAGGAACUUCAAAGCCUAAAAGUGGAAUCAUGUAGGAAUAUGAAGGACAGUGAAGUCUCUCCUGCUCUUUCAACCUUGUUCUUCGUUCUGAAAGAGUUGAAAUGGAGGCCAGAUAACAGAUCCCAUCUUAUAUCAUCACUGGCCGGGACUGGCAUUGGAAAGAGAGGUGGUAAGUUUUUCAAAAAGACAAGUCGAGAAAGUAUAUCUAUAGGAUUAGCAUCUGCAAUGUGACUGUUGGCACUGUAAAUGGUCAUGGCGUGUCCAAUAUGCUAUGAUCUUUGAUCAUUCCGCUGGUUAGCGAAGUAUGUUGAUAACAGCAAAGAGCUUGCCAUUUAUGCAAAAAGGAGAAAGUAUAUCUAUAGGAUUAGCAUCUGCAAUGUGACUGUUGGCACUGUAAAUGGUCAUGGCAUGUCCAAUAUGCUAUGAUCUUUGAUCAUUCCGCUGGUUAGCAAAGUAUGUUGAUAACAGCAAAUAGUUGAUAUUUGGAGAUCCCUUCUGCAGCUCUUCUCGUGUUGCGUGCUGGCUGGAAUUUUGAUUUGUAUACAAAUAUCUCUGUUAACACGAAGUGAUGUCAUACAGCCGGGUUUGUAUUAAUAGUUAGCAGAAUAGGUUUAUACAUAAAUGGUGAAUUGUAGCCAUCCAGACUAAGCUUAGUUGUUCAAA